GUGUUGGAUUCUUCCAGAAGGACCGUCGCAGUAGUCUUCUUCAGUCUUACCCACAAGACACGCAGCUUCACCGGACUUGACUCAGCUCUGUCCCGGACACACCACCUGGAACUUUUGACUUCGCAUUCUCUUCAACGCGCAACUCUGCAGUCGUGCCUAGCCUGUUUAUUUAAAUUACACUCAGUUAGCCUGUUAGCUUAUUAGCCAAAUUGUCAAAAAAUGUUGAGCGUCGCCAGAAGCGUUUCAAGGACUCUCCCGACAAGAAGCAGCGCCAGAAAUGUCUCCUCUCUGAUCAAGAAGGCCUGCUGGAGUGGUUUCCAACCAGAUGCUCUCAGAGUUCUGUCCAGGAGAGACUAUGCGUCAGAAGCCAUCAAGGGCGCCGUCAUCGGCAUCGACCUGGGAACCACCAACUCCUGCGUGGCAGUCAUGGAGGGGAAACAAGCCAAGGUGCUGGAGAACGCAGAGGGAGCAAGGACCACUCCGUCAGUCAUUGCCUUCACACCAGAGGGGGAGCGUCUGGUGGGCAUGCCGGCUAAACGCCAGUCUGUAACCAACCCUCAGAACACCCUGUACGCCACCAAGAGACUGAUAGGACGUCGCUUUGACGACCCAGAGGUCCAGAAAGACCUGAAGAACGUGCCCUACAAGAUUGUACGUGCAUCUAAUGGUGACGCUUGGGUGGAGGCUCAUGGAAAAAUGUAUUCCCCCAGCCAGGCUGGAGCCUUUGUUCUGGUUAAGAUGAAGGAGACUGCAGAGAGCUACCUGGGAACCAAAGUGAAGAAUGCUGUGGUCACUGUACCAGCAUACUUCAAUGACUCUCAGAGACAGGCCACCAAAGACGCUGGUCAGAUCUCCGGUUUAAACGUCCUGCGUGUGAUCAACGAGCCAACAGCUGCUGCUCUGGCUUACGGCCUGGACAAGACCCAGGAUAAGAUUAUCGCCGUGUAUGAUCUGGGUGGAGGUACCUUUGAUAUCUCAGUCCUGGAGAUCCAGAAGGGAGUCUUUGAGGUGAAGUCCACCAACGGCGACACCUUCCUGGGAGGAGAGGACUUCGACCAGCACCUCCUCAAACACAUCGUCAAGGAGUUUAAGAGAGAGUCUGGCGUGGACCUGCUGAAAGACAACAUGGCUCUGCAGAGAGUCAGAGAGGCUGCCGAGAAGGCCAAGUGUGAGCUGUCAUCUUCACUGCAGACUGACAUCAACCUCCCCUACCUGACCAUGGACGCCUCCGGCCCCAAACAUCUCAACAUGAAGCUAUCCCGCUCCCAGUUUGAAGGCAUCGUGGCUGACCUGAUCCGCCGCACCGUGGCUCCCUGCCAGAAGGCCAUGCAGGAUGCCGAGGUGUCCAAGGGUGACAUCGGAGAGGUGCUGCUGGUCGGAGGCAUGUCACGUAUGCCCAAGGUUCAGCAGACUGUUCAGGACCUGUUUGGUCGGGCUCCCAGCAAGUCCGUAAACCCUGAUGAGGCCGUCGCCAUAGGAGCGGCCAUCCAGGGUGGUGUGUUGGCUGGUGAUGUCACUGACGUGCUGCUGUUGGAUGUGACACCUCUGUCACUGGGUAUUGAGACCCUGGGUGGAGUCUUCACCAAACUCAUCAACAGGAACACCACGAUCCCCACCAAGAAGGGCCAGGUGUUCUCCACAGCAGCCGACGGACAGACUCAGGUGGAGAUCAAGGUGUGUCAGGGUGAGAGAGAGAUGGCGGCAGACAACAAGGUGCUGGGUCAGUUCACUCUGGUGGGAAUCCCCCCGGCCCCCCGCGGUGUCCCUCAGAUCGAAGUCACCUUCGACAUCGAUGCCAACGGCAUUGUCCACGUCUCCGCCAAGGACAAAGGCACAGGCCGCGAGCAGCAGAUUGUUAUCCAGUCAUCAGGAGGUCUCAGUAAAGACGACAUCGAGAACAUGAUCAAGAAUGCCGAGAGGUACGCAGAGGAGGACAGGAGGAGAAAGGAACGUGUGGAGGCCGUCAACACAGCUGAGGGCAUCGUUCAUGACACAGAGUCUAAGAUGGAGGAGUUCAAGGACCAGCUUCCUGCUGAUGAGUGCACCAAGCUGAAGGAGGAGAUCACAAAGGUGAGGGAUCUUCUGGCAAACAAGGACUCAGAAACAGGAGAGAACAUCAAACAGGCGGCUUCCAACCUGCAGCAGUCGUCACUCAAACUCUUUGAAAUGGCCUACAAGAAGAUGGCAGCAGAGCGAGAUAGCAGCAGCGGAGGCAGCAGCGGCAGCAGCUCAGGCUCAACAGAGGGUGAGAAGAAGGAAGGCCAGCAGUAGACCUUUUGCACUUGGUUGUCAAGGGGGUCUCCAUGACAACGGAGGACUGUCGGGCUCGGGGUGGACUUGGGGUGGGAGGGAGUGGCAGUCACGAGUGACAAGCUGAGUCUGUCAUUCUCACCGUAAUAUAUUAUUCUACUGUGUUUUGGCAGUAAAAUACUCUAGUGAAAGGAUAAAUGUCUAUGUAUGCUCCUCCAAGUCCUAUGAUUUCCUGUCUGUUUGUAAUUUAAUUAUCUCUCAAUACAAUGUAUGUUUAUUUUUACAAAGCUGUUGAUUUACAUUUUGUGAUAGUAACUUUUCUCUUUUUUUUUUGGUCGAAGACAUCAUGUAGAAUUUAUCUUUUUUUGUUCAGCUUGUUCAUGUCUCCAGCUUACAACAAUAUUGUACAGUGUUCAGCAUCAGUUAGUGAUAUCUUGUUUUAAUAGUGUGCUCAUAACAGCUCAGAGGUAAAAUGCCACUCUGGAAUGAAUGACUUGACUUUUCAUGUCAAGAAAAGUCCCAGUUGUCUUGAGCGCACUCUAAAUGCUUGCAAAUGAAUGCAGAUGGCUUUAAUUUCAUCAGUUUCAGAAUCUGUUAAAAAAAAAAGCAUCUACAGAGGGAUUGUGAUCCUAGUUCUUUUCCUCUCAUGACAGAUAGUUCUCAUACUAACAUGUGAGAACAGAAUAAGGAUGUAUAUGUGAGGAGGAGGGCAAGCUUUCCUUAAACGGUAUAUUUGCUAUGUAAGAAUGUAAAGAAACGCUUUAUUUCAGUUCUUUACAUCCUCUUCUGUGACGCUCUGUGAAGUUCACAUCUGAAGGUAUCGCUGACUUGAGUUGAACUUGAAGUGAAUCAGGUGAAUCCGGAUCUUAAUAUUGCACAACACAGGAUGAGGCCUUAGUUAACUCCAUCCUAACAGACACACAGCAACAGGAGGAAGAGUUGGGAUGCGAGGAACCUGCCGAAUGAUUUGUGGAAAUAUGGAGUCCAGCCGUGUCAUUCAUUCCCCCUCCAACAGGAAGUUUUGUCGCUGCCAUAAACUGCUCUGGUGUAAAUGUGAUAGCUGCCUUGUGUCUGCCAGAUAGUGAUCCACAUUGCUUCUACGUAUGAAGGGAGCGAAGAGGCAGGCAGGAGGCAGCUUAUGGAACUGAAAUGGGGAAGGGGGAAGGGGUUGUGAUUAUAUUACUGGAAUUGGAAAAUUUAGGGUCAUUAUAACUAUUGCUGUCUUUUCUAAUAAAAAUCUUAAAUGGGA